AUGUCCUCGGGAGAAUUGCCCUGUUACACUCUCAUCCAUGUUCCGAGCGAUUUGGAAUUACCAUCGGAGAGUCAAUUGAAAGAGAAAUUCGAAAAAGGUAAGACUAACAAAUAAAAAAUCUUCAAAUUCAUUUUUCUUUAGGAGGAGAUAAGGAACGUAUCGAUGCUCUCAAAAAGUUGAUUUAUAUGAUUUUGAAUGGCGACAAAGUCAGCCAAGGAAUGUUGAUGUAUGUCAUCAGAUUCUGUUUGCCUUCAAAUGAGCACACAUUGAAGAAACUUUUGCUCAUUUUCUGGGAAAUUGUUCCAAAAACUGAUUCAAAUGGAAAGCUUCUUCAUGAAAUGAUAUUAGUUUGUGACGCUUAUCGAAAAGAUUUGCAACAUCCAAAUGAGUUCGUCAGAGGAUCAACUUUGAGAUUUUUAUGUAAACUGCGAGAACCUGAACUGUUGGAACCAUUGAUGCCAGCAAUUAGAGCUUGUCUCGAUCAUAGACAUUCAUAUGUCAGAAGAAAUGCAGUUUGCGCAAUUUUCACAAUUUACAGUGAGUUUUAAAAAAUUUGAAACCAAUUAAAAAUUUGUUAAUCUCAGGAAACUUCGAAUUUUUGAUUCCUGAUGCACCAGAACUUGUUACAAAUUAUCUCGAAACUGAACAAGAUGCUUCGUGCAAAAGAAAUGCUUUUAUGAUGCUUCUUCAUGUUGAUCAAGCAAGAGCUCUCGAUUAUUUGUCUGGAUGUAUCGAUCAAGUUGGACAAUUCGGAGACAUAUUGCAAUUAGUUAUUGUCGAACUUAUCUAUAAAGUUUGUCACUCAAAUCCAAAUGAAUGUGCCAGAUUCAUCAGAUGUGUCUAUAAUUUGUUGCAAUCUCAAUCACCAGCUGUUCGAUAUGAAGCUGCCGGCGCGUUGGUCACAUUAACUUCAGCUCCAGCUGCUGUUAAAGCCGCUGCUUCUGCUUAUAUCGAAUUGAUAGUCAAAGAGAGUGAUAACAAUGUGAAAUUGAUUGUUUUGGAUAGACUUGUCACUUUGAGAAACACUUCGAGCAAUGAAAAAGUUUUGCAAGGAUUGGUUAUGGAUAUUUUGAGAGUUCUCACUUCUCCUGGACUCGAAGUUCGUCAAAAAACAUUGAACUUGGCUCUUGAUUUGGUUUCAAGCCGAAAUGUUGAAGAUAUGGUUAUGUUUUUGAAGAAAGAAAUCAACAAAACUGCUACUGAAGCAAAUGAUGAAAAUGGAAAAUAUCGUCAAGCUUUGGUCAAAACUCUUCAUGCUGCAACUAUAAAAUUCCCAGAUGUUGCUUCAGCAAUUGUUCCAGUUUUGAUGGAAUUCUUGUCCGAUUCGAAUGAAACCGCUGCAAGUUAUGUUCUUCAUUUUGUUCGUGAAGCAGUUCACAAAUUACCAAACCUCAAGGAAGCAAUUUUGAAAUCUUUGAAAGAUGGAAUUCUUUCUAUUCGUGCUCCAGCUAUUUUCAUGUCCGCUCUUUGGAUUCUUGCGACAUAUUGUGAACCAGAAGGAUGUCUCGAAGUUUUGAAGUGAGUAAUUUUUUAAGGUUUUUUAAACUAGAUUCUGAUUUUUCAGACUCAUCAAAAAUUCAAUUGGAGAUUUGCCAAUUGUUGAUUCUGAAAUCGCUGAACAAGAAGGAGGAGAAGAACAUGUUCACAAGGAAGAAGAAACUGCACCGAAAAAAUCGGCUGCUCCAAGAGUCACUGCUGAUGGAACAUAUGCCACUCAAACCGCUUUGUCUUCAACAGUCACCAAGAAGCAAAACGAAAAGCCACCACUCCGUCGUUUCCUUCUCGAUGGAGAAUAUUUCUUGGGAGCAUCUCUUGCUACAGUUCUCACUAAAUUAUCUCAACAAUUCACUGCUUUGAAUGGAGUUGGAAGUGAAAGAUCAAACAGAUUCCGUGGAGAAUGUAUGCUUAUUCUUGCUUCGAUUAUUCAUUUGGCAAAGAGCGGAUUCACCUCGAAUCCAGUUAAUGAAGAUGAUUUGGAUAGAAUGGGAGCAACUAUCAAAGUUUUGGCUCAAGGAAUUCCAGAAUUAGAUGGACAAUAUGGAGAUGCUUGCAAACAAUCGCUGGAACUUAUGCUAAAUGCUAAAUCAACUAGUCGUUUGGAUGAUCCAACAGCAAAAACUGGAAGAUCGAAAGAUUUCGUUGAAGUUGAUAAAACAAUCAAAUUCACACAAUUGUCAGCCAGAAAUAAUCAACAAGGAGAAAAUCUUUUCGAUCUUUCUUUGUCGCAAGCUCUUGGAACUGCUCCGAAAUCCCAAAAAUUCGAUUUUUCAAGCUCAAAACUUGGAAAAGUUAUUCAACUCGCUGGAUUCUCUGAUCCAAUUUACGCUGAAGCUUAUGUCAAUGUCAAUCAAUAUGAUAUCGGUAAGCUCUUUUAUUUGAUGAUUUUUAAUUUUUCGGGUUUUUUUAGUUCUCGAUGUUUUGAUUGUCAAUCAAACAUCCGACACUCUUCAAAAUGUUUCUCUUGAACUUGCCACUGUUGGAGAUUUGAAACUUGUUGAUAAACCAACCCCAGUUACACUUGGACCAGCUGAUUUCUCAAACAUCAAGGUAAAUAAAUACUUUUUAAUUUUUUAAUUUGUAGAAAUGAUCAGAAAUUUACCAUCAGUUCACGUUUCUAAAAUUUAUUCUGAGUUUUCCAAUAAAAAUUUUUCAAUUUUUUCAGGCAACCGUAAAAGUUGCAUCAACUGAAAAUGGUGUGAUUUUCUCAACAAUUUCUUAUGAUGUUCGAGGAUCAACUUCCGAUAGAAAUUGUGUUUAUCUUCAAGAUAUCAAAAUUGAUAUUAUGGAUUAUAUUGUACCUGGAAAUGUAAAUGAUAUUGAAUUCCGUCAAAUGUGGAGUGAUUUUGAAUGGGAGAAUAAAGUAAAUGUUAUGACACCAAUUCGAGAUCUUCGUGAAUUUUUGGCGCAUUUAUCGGCUUCUACAAAUAUGAAGGUUUUGACUGGAGAUGCUGCUAUUGGUAAGUUCACUUUGAUUAUUGACCAAAAAAAUUCUGAUUUUUGCAGAAGGAGAUUGUGGAUUUUUGGCUGCUAAUUUAUGUGCUCAUUCUAUUUUUGGUGAAGAUGCUUUGGCUAAUGUUUCUGUUGAAAAAGCACUUCCAAUGGAUGAUUCUUCUCCAAUUGUUGGACAUAUUCGUAUUCGUGCAAAGAGUCAAGGAAUGUGUUUAACAUUAGGUGAUAAGGUAAGAAGAAGACAAAUUAUUGAUUGAACUAAAAUUGUGGUGUUUCAGAUUAGUACGGCAAUGAGAUCUCGACGUGAUGGUCAACCAAUAGCAGCCCCAAGUGCCUAA